UCUUGUCUCCAAUAUGGUGGAUGUUGGAGAAGCUUCAACUAUCACUUGCUUACCGCCCGCGAAACAAAAGCCCCUUCGAAACCCUAACUUGCUUGCCAACCAAAAAAAAGAGACUACACCAAAAAAGCCUCGAACCACCAAAGGUCGACAAAAGAUAGAGAUCAAGGAGAUCGAAGUUGAGAACCGAAGGCAAGUGACGUUUUCGAAACGCAGAUCCGGUCUUUUCAAAAAAGCCGCCGAGUUAAGCGUUCUCUGCGGCGCACAGAUUGGUAUCAUAACGUUUUCACGCUGCGAUAGGAUCUACUCGUUUGGUAACGUGGACACACUCGUCGAUAAAUACAUUCGCAAGACUCCGGUGAUGCUGAGGACGAACCCCGGAUGUGACGUGGCAGCAGGAGAUGAGAAUCACGACGGUUUGAUGUGGUGGGAGAGAGCGGUGGAGAGUGUAGCGGAGGAGGAUAUGGAAGAGUACAAGAUGGCGUUGAGUCUGUUAAGGGAGAAUCUACUGACGAGGAUCUCCCAGAUGGGUAAUGAUCGGACGGUUGAGAAUCUUCCGGCGUUUCCAAAUGAGAUGGCAAUGGCUGACUGGAAACUGUCUAAUGAAAGCCUGAUGGCUAGGAACGAUCGAAGUUAUCUAGGUAACGAUGCUGGUUUGGAUCUUGCGGUUCCAUUUAUGUCUCCAAAACCUAGACAGUGAAGUGUUUUCUUUAAUUUAUUACUAUUACACUUUGGUUUUAUUACAUGUAGAUAUAGGUCGAUUCUGAAUUAUAUGAAUUCGUUUAUCUAAAUUAACUAAUGCUUUCAAGUUUUAGAUUGA